AUGGUACACUCUGCGUACGAUUCGGUGCAGGUGGUGCGGGGAUGCCCCGCCAAGGUCGAGGUCGCCGGAGUUCACGGCUCGAAGAUACUGACUGGAUGCUCCGACUGCUCUCUACGGAUCUACGCUCCGGCGUCCCCCUCGUCGACGGCGUCGGACACGUCGGGCCGAUCGGCACCGUGUGAGAAGGAGUUGCAGAGGGAGCCGUACGUCCUGGAGAGGACGGUGUCGGCGUUCUGGAAGAAGAACCCUGUGGCCAUGGAGGUUUCCAGGUCUAGAGACCUCCUGCUUAGUCUCUCGGAGUGGAUCGCCUUCCACCGGCUCCCCAACCUCGAGACUGUUGCCGCCAUUGGGAAGACCAAAGGCGCCAACGUGUAUAGUUGGGAUGAUCAGAGGGGGUUUCUUUGCGUGGGAAGGCAGAAGAAGGUUGGCAUUUUCCGAUUUGACGGUAAAUUUUACUUCUUCAUUCUAGUUGAAUUUAUGGGGAUCUUUCUUUCGUUGGCAUAUGAGACGAACUUCCGGAGCCCACAUUAGUGUGUGCCCUAUUGUAAAUUUGGCAGGCCGUGGAAUGCAUUUUAAGGUCCCCUGGGAGGUUUUCUCUUUCAAGAUGGAUCCUUUUUUUUAGGGGGGUGGGAUAUGGCUCAGCGUUUACAAUUAUAAAAAAUCUGAGUGCGUUGUCAGCGUUGUGCUGACAAUAUUCGAAGUCCUUUUCUUUUUUAUGGCGGAUAAAUGGCUACCGUGAAUUGUCUCGGUCAUUCUUUAUAAUCUGACCGAAAAAAUGGGCGAUAUAAUUCUCACAAAGCAAUAGUUCUUAAGCUUUUGUUCAGGAUCCUGACUAUUUAGUGAUAUAUGGUGCACCUGCAGCGAAGCUUAUGUUCAAUUUUCCUAUGGAAUGUCUAGGGGUGAUAUUAUGCAGUUUUUCUCUGAUCCCCUCUCUAUAAAGAGCAUAGUUAUUUUAUGGCAUUGGGGAAACAUAGUCUUCAACAAAUUUCAGUAAUUUUGUCUGGCAUUUUUGCAGUAUGAACGUUUUUGCAUUACACUCUGGGUAAUUUUCUUUUGUUCUUUUUUUCCUCUCAAGACGGAUCCAUGUCUAAUUUCUGUUUUUCCAAUUCUUCGAAUGACUUCUGCGAGAUUGUAUGGUAGGAGGUCGAGAAUUUGUGGAAGUGAAGGAAUUUGGUGUUCCUGACGUGGUGAAAUCCAUGGCUUGGUGUGGUGAAAACAUAUGUCUUGGUAUUAAGAGGGAGUACAUGAUACUGAACAGCUCGACCGGAGCUCUAUCUGAGGUGUUCCCAUCUGGAAGGAUUGCUCCUCCUCUAGUUACCCCUCUUGCUUUGGGGGAUCUUCUUCUUGGAAAGGUAAGUUCUGCGUUUCUCAAGCAACCCGCCUUCUGAUGAGUAAGAUCGUCCUGUUCGCAUGUGCUAAGUCAUUAUCAUCAUGAUGAAUGUAAUUGCAAGUUUAUCUUAAAAAUUUUAAAUUGUAGGGACCAAUCCCCCAAAAAAUAGGGUACCUUUUGGAGGAAAAGCAAUUGGGUACCUUUUUUGACAGUAUGCUGACAAAGUAUGAUCGUCUCUUGAAAACAAUGGUGAUCCUUCUGACAGAAAAGAAUCGAAUACCCCACUAAUAUAGUCUUUUUGUGUAAGCAUUUUAAAUUUCGGAUCCCAUAUGCCAACCAAUAGAGGUAAUUGGUAUGAUGGAAUAAAUGUUCUUCAGAAGGAAAAAAAUAUGAACCCAUGUGUUUGUUAAAAACGCUGGAUACUGGCACCACUGGAGUGCUUUCUCUAAGGCAUUAUGAAUAAAACAAAAUAAUAAUUGGGUAAUCACUGUCAAGAAAUAAACUAUAAUGCGCUACGUAUCCUUUGUACAGGAUGCGCUUAAAGGCUUUGUGAUUUCGGGGAUUCGAUGAUAAUGAUUUUUUUAUAUAUUCAUUGAUGGGGAUAUCGUCAAAUACUCCAGCUUCUUAACCUCAUUAUUCGUUGCUAUGUUGUGUUCUAUAAAUUGACAUUUGACAUAAACACCAUCUUGGUUAUUCGUAAAAGCUGGACGCAUCUAUAAACUUAAUGCAUCACCUAUUAGAUUAUUUCUGGAUAAAAAAGACAAAAUAUGAACCCUGGGUCUCUAGGCACCGGCUUUCCCCUCCCACUCUCAGCCUGGCCACGUUUCCCUCUCAUGACUCCCUCUUUCCCUCAUUGGACCUGCCAGUCUACUUUCUUUGUAAAUCUUUUAUGAGCAUUCAAACUAUCAAGGUUUAUAAAGUUGCACAUGAGAUUAGCACCAGCUUAUCCAUCUUUUGAUGCUAUUUCUCCAAUUGAUUGAAGGUGACCAAUACUGGUAUUCUCACACGUAAUUAUGAUAUAGUGUCUCAUUGCAUUCACUCUAGCUAUUGAUUUUUAGCUUUUUGGGAGGAGUUAGUCCCAAGGAAGGAGGUCCAAUUGUUAAUUUUAUGGCAUUUAAAAAUUUUACGUAGGAUAAUAUUGGAGUAUUUGUGGAUCAAAAUGGAAAGCUUUUGCAAGAUGGUAGAAUUUGUUGGUCUGAGGCCCCCACAUCUGUCAUCAUCAACAGGCCAUAUGCAAUUGCUCGUUUACCAAAAUAUGUUGAGGUACAAAGUUUAUCUUGAUAAUAAUGGAAGUGAAACUUAUUUCUAUUUUCCGUUUUGAUACAUAAUGUUUACGGUCGUCUAAUUAUAAUUAUUUUCUUUUCUUGCGCGUUUCAACUGCAGAUACGAUCUCUAAGAGCUCCUUAUCCUCUAGUUCAGACAGUUUACCUCCGAGAUGUUCAUAUCCUCCUUCAAAGCAAUGGCUGUGUCAUUGCUACAUCUGGAAACUCUGUGUAUGGACUACUGCCCGUUCCUAUUGAUGUACAGGUACAUCUUGACGAUAUCAAUGCAUGUGAACCCAAUUUUUAAUCUUUAAUCGAUGCCACCAAUACUGAUAGGUAACAGAACAUCUAAACUUUCAAUUUUAAAGAAUAUACAGUCUCUGAUAUUUUUAUCAUCUUAUAUUUAUCGGAUUGUUUUUUGAAAUUGUGUAUAUCUUUCCUGCUUGGUGUAAAUGAAACUUUUUCUUACGUGAUAUUUAGAAUGUAUUUGUGAAUAUUUUCAGAUCUUUCCAUUGGGCUCAUUGAUUGUUUUCUUUUUCUGACUUGCAGAUAGUCCAACUAACUGCAUCCGGAGACUUUGAGGAGGCUUUGGCUUUGUGUAAAUUGCUUCCACCUGAGGAUUCAGCCCUCAGAGCAGCUAAGGAAGGCUCUAUCCACAUCCGGUGAUUAUCAGUUGCCUUUCAUUAACGGCCAAUUUUCACAUCAAUAACCUUAUACUGUCUACUGCAUUCAUUCUAUACCCGUUUGUGCAGUAUGUAAAAACUUGGUAUUUGACAGACACACUGUUGAUGUAUAUCCAUUCCAUCCCUCCACAACACACACUCCCUUUGAAAAUAGCCUACUUGGUUGUUUAACUUCUAUGUAUUGUUUGCAAAUGUAUUGCAUACAUAGCUUAUCAGCAUGAAACAUACGCCAAAGUUCUGGAAACCGUGUCUCGUUGUUGCAUAUUUAUGCAUAUUGGAAUGAACUUUUUUCUCGUGUACUGAAUUGCUUCAUGUUUCAGCUAUGGCCACUCUUUGUUUGACAAUGGAAACUAUGAAGAGGCUGUGGAGCAGUUUAUAGCAUCCCAAGUGGACAUCACUUAUGUACUAUCACUGUAUCCAUCUAUCAUCCUUCCCAAGGCCAUGGCAAUUCUGGAGCCUGAUAAGCUACCAGAUUUAUCAGAUAGUUCAUUUCUAUCUAGGGCCUCGUCUGAUGCUUCUGAUGAACUGGAUCCCUCAUCUCCUUCCCAGUUUGUGGAUUCUGAUGAGAAAUCAAUGCUCAAGGAGAAGAAAAUGAACCACAAUGCUUUCAUGGGACUCACGAAGUAUUUACAAAAGAAGAGAUAUGGCAUAAUUGAGAGGGCUAUUGCUGAGGUGACAGAGGAGGUUGUGAUGGGUGCCGUUCAGGGCAGUUCACGUAAACCAAAUAAUUUAAGCAAGGUAGUUCAACGAUUGACUCGACUACUGUUGUCUUUUGUCGACACAAGACAGAAAAGAUGCCUAGUGCAAAUAUUUAUCCAUAAAUUGUUCUCUUUUUUACCACGUUUUACAUUUAAGUAUGCAGAUAUUUUCUGUGCUCAGUACUUUCUGAUGAAUUGAUUUUAUUUUUUCGAAUUGGUUUUUGUGCUGAGUAGUUUUUUUUCACGUUGAUUAUGCGACCAUUUUAAACAUUCUUAGAGAAGAAUCAUAUUUUGAAAAAUGAUUGGACUAUUUGUUUGUUCAGUUUUUAUUUCUUUUGUUAUUUGAGAAAAGGUCUUUCAGACAUUACUGUUAUCCUGGAAUCUUCUAGGUAGUGUGAAGGCUUAAUACUGCAGCGGAGCUGGUGGAACGUAAAAUGUGAUAGACAUUUUGACCGCUUUUCAUGAAGUCCGGCUUUUCUCUAAUCUGUGAUGUUGGAAGUUACGUCAGGAAGGGGCUAUUUUGUCUAUAAUCACGAUAAGGUUUAAUGAGUAUGCUGAUUUCAUACCUGUACAUUCCAAUUUUCUUGGUCUUAACGAAUAGGCAGUACUAUAAGUUCACUGUUAAUUGUACACUUCCCUCUUUACAAGUCCUUGGAGCGUUUUCAUUGAUUUAACACGAUAAUAUAUUUUCCAAAAACGUCUUAAUGCUAAAUAAAUUAACUACCCGCUUUCUGGUUCAGGCACGUGGAUCACACCACAUUAGCUCAGUUGCCAGGGAAAGGGCGUCUAUACUAGAUACUGCACUUCUCCAAGCUAUGCUUCUAACUGGACAAUCAACAGGUGCAUUGGAAUUUUUGAAAGCUCCCAAUUACUGUGAUCUAAAGAUCUGUGAAGAGUUCCUACUGGAAAAGAAACAUCACGCCAUUCUCUUGGAGCUAUACAAGGGAAAUGAAAUGCAUCGUGAUGCUCUGAAACUACUUAUUCAGUUAGUUGAAGAAUCCAAUUCAAAUUCAUCGGAUCCUAUGGACCACCAGAAGUUCAUGCCAGACAUGGUUAUUGAGUAUCUCAAGGUUCUGUCACUCUUUCUCAAGGAAAACAAGGACUUUUGUCCAACAUUUGCACUAUCUAGUAUUAUUUUUAGUAUUAUGAUGCCAUGCAAUCGAGGUGCUUAAAUUAACAUCGACUUUUAUGAUAUUGUUCUUGUGAGUAGCAUUUACAAGGAUUAAACAUGAUUUCCACAUGAUGUAUGCUUUGUCGUUUACAUUAAAGUUCAGAUUUAUAUGGGUCUAUAUUCUCAAGGGUUGCCAUCCAUGUAAAACUUUGGUUUUCUGUUCUAAAUAAUGGGUGCCAAAUUUAUGAUAUACUUUUGUAAACUUAUUAUUAGCACUCGAUUGUUCUGGGUUGUAGAGAUGAUGCGUCUCUUGACAUUGAUAUUCGUGAUUAAUGAGAAAAAAAAUUCAAAGUUAAUAAUGACUUUCACAUUCCAGUCGUUGUCAACGGUUCUUCCUCAUAAAUUUUGCGAGCAUUUGACUAGAGUUUGUUCAGUAUUUUUGUGCAGUUUGAAUUUCUUCAGAGCAAUAAGAGUAUAGAUUAUUAUUAUUUCCUCUGAAGUUGACUUGGUUGCUUUUGCUUUUGCAGCCUAUUUGUGGGUCUGAUCCUAUUCUUGUUCUGGAGUUCUCGAUGCAUGUCCUUGAAAGCUGCCCAACACAGACUAUUGAGCUUUUUUUGUCAGGCAAUAUACCGGCAGACUUGGUCAAUUCAUACCUAAAACAGCAUGCGCCAAAUAUGCAAUCAAAGUAUUUGGAGCUUAUGCUUUCAAUGAACGACUCUGGUGUCACACCAAAUUUGCAGAACGAACUAGUACUGUUUCUCUUUUGUCCUUGUACCUACAUAUUUCUGUGUGUACUCCUUUUUUGUGUAAAGCAGUAAAAAAAAAUGCGUGCAUAAAUAUCCAUGAUCAAAAAUCAUGUACAUGCAAUCAUCCCUAGUAACAGCAAAGGAAAAACAGCGUUUGUGUCAUGCUGUAGUAGCAGUGACAACGACAUUUGGUCAUCACCAGCAGAAUUUUAUGGUUUCCAGAAGUUGCUGCAGCUUUAGUACUCUACGUAGGAUAUUAAGGAAUUGGGGAGAGGGGUUUCCUAAAUGAGCAUAGAUUUGAUCUUUUGAUUAGUUAUCAUAAUGCCCACAAUUCGUCAAGAGCAUAGAAUGUUAAGGGUCCCAUCCGAUUUGAAUGCACUAUGGAGUUAGUUUACACUCCAUGUUUUUAUGUCAUCCAUCAGUUUUCUUGAAAAAGGAUCUAUUUUUUGCCUAAAUCAUUCCCUUUCCAGGUACAAAUUUAUCUUUCUGAAGUGCUUGAUUGGUUUAAGGAUCUUAAAGAUCAACAGAAGUGGGAUGAGAAAGUGUAUUCUUCGACACGGAAGAAGUUAUUGUCCGCCUUGGAAGGCAUUUUAGAGAACAGUGCUGAAUCCCUGUUGAAACGCCUCCCCCCUGAUGCCCUUUAUGAGGAGCAUGCUGUCUUACUUGGGAGAAUGAACCAGCACCAACUUGCGUUGUCUUUGUACGUUCACAAGGUACUGUUCAUUUGUUUGAAUAAUCUGCGAGUCUAACAAAAUUUUAAUCUAAUCGUUUCUCGUCAUGGUACAUUCAGCUUCAUUUACCAAACCUUGCAUUGACCUACUGUGAUCGUGUAUAUGAGGCUGAACUACACCGGGCUUCUUCAAGGGGAAAUUCCAAUAUCUACUUGACUCUUCUGCAAAUAUAUCUUAAUCCUCGGAGUUCAACCAAGGAAUUUGAACAAAAAACUAGGAAUAUGUUACCUCCCCAGAGCCAUGGUAACCAAAGAGUCGUUCUGAUGAAAGCUAAAGUUGGACGUGUAUCCAAGAAAAUUGCUGCUAUUGAGGGUGCAGAAGACAUGCGCAGUAGUCCCAGCAGCACUGAUAGUGGACGCAGUGACUGUGAUGGGGAUGAGGUGGUCGAGGAAGGUGACCCUAUAAUGUUAAAUAAUGCAUUGGAUUUGUUGAGCCAAAGGUGGGACAGAAUCAAUGGUGCUCAAGCCCUACGGCUGUUACCGAGAAAAACUAAGCUCCUGGUAAGACUUGAUUUAUAGAGUUUUCUAUUUUGUCAAGUACGUCAAAUAUUAAUCUCGUAUGUCAAAUGACCAAAACGUCAAAUAUCAGCAGCACUGAUAUGCAUAUUUUUGCAUAAUAUCAUCUGUUUCAAAAUCAGAAAAUGGCAACAAGAUCAUCUUCACCUGCAUUAAUUGAGGUUAUAAUUAUAAUAUUCAAUAGAUGAUGAUUCUGCGUGUUAGUGGGAGUAUGAAGCUGGAAAACGUGGCAUCCUAGAAAUUGUUCUCUAUUUUGCCCAUUCUCAGUUUGACCGCCAUUAGGAUUGGUAUACCAUAAUAGUGGAGAAUCACUUUUGUUAUUAGUCCCUGUAAAAGGAUCCUCUCUUGAUGGAACCCAUUUUGUCGAUUCUGGAAAAAAGAAAAUAAAUUAUGGUUAGAUCAUACAAUGGAUCAUAAUUAAUAGUUGAUACGGAUCAUUUUUCUUGAACGUAGAGCAUUUACUUGUCUGGUUAUUAAUGAAGGGCAGGGAUUCUGAUUAAGGAUCUGCACGGAUGAACUAACAUUGCAAGGCACUGGCAGUUUCUUAUUUUAUAUCUACGAUUUCUACCUAACAUCGAUUUUCUUUUUUUUUCUUUUUUUCUUUUUUUUUCCUCUCGUGUCAUUACCUAACAUGCCAUGUUCUUUGCAGAAUUUGCUUCCCUUUCUCGAACCUCUUUUGAAGAAAUCUAGUGAAGGCCGUCGAAACUAUUCAAUCAUCAGGAAUCUGAGAUACAGUGAAAAUCUCCAGGUACGAUUUGAAUGAUGUCUACAUGCUCUUUACAAAAAUUGCUCGGGAAAGCUCUGGUUUUGGUUGUAAACUGUAAUGGAAAUUUGGAUAUCUCUCGAAAAAGAAAGAAUUUUUCUGUCGGAAUACUAAGAAGGAAUUAAUACCGGAAUCAUGAGACAGUUAAGAUUAUAGUGUGCCCACACCGUCAAAAGAUUGUCCGCAUUUCAUUGAUUUUUUACCCACCUUGCUGUCGUUUUUAAUGCAAUGAGUAGCGUUUUUAUUUUCUGAGAAGUCCUCAGACCUGGGAGUCAUUUCCACCUGCUGACGCUCCUGCUUGGAGUAAUUUUCUCAGCUUUACAUCCUGUUUAACUGGCAUAUCAUUUGAAAUAUCAGGUGAAAGAAGAGCUUCUUAGUCAACAGAAACAAGGUUUGAAAAUCGAUGGAGACAGCAUGUGCUCUCUCUGCCGCAAGAAGAUAGGAAGCAGCGUCUUCGUGGUCUAUCCCAACAGGAAGACUCUUGUUCACUUUGUUUGCUUCAGAGACUCUCAGAGGCUAAGAUACUAA